AUGGAUUCACUGCAAGAAGAUAAUAGUAGACGUAGAUUAGCUGAGCCAUUACGGCAAUUUCUAGCUAAAGAAUGGGAAUCAAAGAAAAAAACAAAGAAAAGUUUUAGUAAAAGUGUAAUGCCUGAUAUUUAUCUCAAGGUGCCUAAGCAAAACAAUGACUUCGACUCUGGACUUUAUGUACUACGAUGUAUUGAGAUUUUCCUAAGAGACCCGGAUGGUUUGUUCGAGAAAAUCCAAGAUGAUUCUUCUAUUGAUCUUGGAGAUUGGUUUUCUCUUGCACUGGUCUCUUCUCAGCGACGAACAAUUAAAGAUUGA